ACCUGCAUACACUACUGCCGCGUCUCCUGUCUCUCCUCUCCCAGUUAGUCUCCACUGCCCUCCAUCCAGCUGCUGCUGCUCCCGUCCACGACAUGCCCAGUCUCGCCCUUUUCUAGCCUUUUGAGCAUUCCCAUGAUUCUCUGCUUUAAUCCUGCGGCGGGAAUGACCUGCGACCAUCUUGUUUCUUUCGUCUAAUUCGCCUCUCUUGCCUCCUCGUCUCACUCACCACCGGCCCGCGGCGCAAUCUCCGAACCUCCAAUCGCAUUCCAUCCAUUCCGAACCCGCAGCUUCCGUGUUGAAGCCUUCGCCAUGGCGCGAGCCUCGAGCCCGCCUACUCUCUCCGGCGACCGGACUGUCGUUGCGACACCUCACGACGAUGACGAUGCAUCCUCCACCAUCAGCCGUUUCAGCUCACGAUCCUCCCUCGAUUCCGAAAGACCUUUGAGGCGGACGCGCCAAAGCCGCCGUGCCGCCAAUACCCUACGAGCCAUCUCCUUCGUCGCCGCCCUGGUCUCCGCCCUCUGCGCCGGCUCAAUCACCGUCUUUUCCAUGUACGGUCACAUCUUCCAGGAGCGCCUGCAUUAUACCCAGUUCCAAGUCAACGGGCUGGCCAUCAGCAGCUCCAUCGCCCUCUACCUGCCCGUCUCCCUCCUCGGUUACAUCUGCGACCGCGUCGGCACCCCGCCCCUUUCCCUUCUGGCCGCUAUACUGUUUAGCGGCGGCUACGCCGUGGCUGCAGGGACAUAUCGGAAGCUUGAGGCGGAGAACCUGGGCGGCCUACGUGAUUAUGCUGGAAAGCGUAUUGCUGGCGGCGCCGAUUGGACCUACCCGCUGAUGAUCUUCGCCUUUGUCUGUGUUGGCGUCGGGACCUGCUCCAUGUACCUUGCCGCCGUUGCGACGUGCGCAAAGAACUUUGGCAAGGGAAAACAUCGUGGACUGGCCCUCGCUGUGCCCAUUGCUGCCUUCGGGUUGAGCGGCAUGUGGCUGAGCCAGCUUGGUAGCCAUGUCUUCUACGAGCGUCUACCCGAUGGCUCCGUCGGAGACCUCGAUGUCUUCCGCUUCUUCGUCUUCCUCUCCAUUCUUCUGCUGGUUGUCGGCGUCGUCGGCACUUUCACGCUAAAGAUCGUCGAUGAAGAGGACAUCAUUGAGGAGGCCGCUGAGGAGCUCGAGCGGAGCGGCCUUCUGGAACGCAGCACCUCCUUCCUUAGCGCUCGCGACCUCGAGCGUAGUAGGACAUACGGCUCGAUCGCCCGAAUUGGCGACCAAGAAGACGGCGGGCUGCAUGGGCCGGCCGAAGACGACGCCAAACUUAUGAAAAAGAUGGUGCUCAACGCCGAGACGCGGAGCUUCCUUACCGACAAGACCAUGUGGUGCUUCGCAAUUGGUUUCCUGUUGAUGAUUGGCCCUGGAGAGGCCUUUAUCAGCAACCUCGGCACGGUAAUUGGGACCCUGUAUCCGCCCACCAUGCGCUACGCCGGACAUCCGACCUCGGCCGCGACCCACGUUUCCAUUGUCGGGAUAGCGAGCACGGUCGCUCGUCUGGCCACGGGGACUUUGACGGACCUUCUCGCGCCCUCGCCGCAGACGCAGCACCUGCAGGUUUCCUCGACGCCACCCUUCCUCCGCGGCAGGCCUGCCAUCUCCCGCGUUGCCUUCCUUCUCUUCUUUGCCAUUCUCCUGUCCCUGGGCCUAGUCGCCUUGGCCUCCGGCCUCAUCCAGGAACACGGCGAACGUUUCUGGAUCGUUUCGAGCUUGAUCGGCACCGGUUACGGUGCCGUCUUCAGCCUGACGCCGAUCAUCAUCACUGUCAUUUGGGGCGUCGAGAACUUUGCGACCAACUGGGGAAUCGUCGCCAUGUUCCCCGCCCUGGGGUCAACCUUUUGGGGCCUCGUCUACUCAGCCGUGUACCAGUCGGGCGCGGAGAACUCGCCACAGCGCGAAGGCGCCGGAGACGUCUUCUGCUACGGCAAGCAGUGCUACGCACCGACUUUCUGGGCCAUGGCCAUCACUGUAUGGGUGGCAUGCGGCAUGAUCCUCUUCGCCUGGAAGGGCAAGGGGGGGUGGGCGCAGCGCGGCAUCGUCAUUUGAGGCAUACAGGACAUUAUCUCCCAAUACAUUAGCUGCAUCAUACACAUCGGCGUUUGGUCAAAGUCACUGGGUCGGGUUAGGCGUAACAUAUCUAUCAGCAUGCAUUUCAUUGGGUAUAUAUCGCAUACAUAAAAUCAUGAAUA